UUUCAUCCACUGGGAAGUUAACCCAGUGUGGUGAAAUGCGCCCGAUAGAGAAAAGGGAACUGAAAGUAAUGUUUGCAAUGCUGUUCUUUCGGCUUUUCUGAAAGUCUACUGACGUUAAAACUGACUGUGAAACCAUUCUGAGUUUGUUGUUCCCUUAUACUAUCCAUAUCACAAACUUUAUGCACCGUCCUCAUCUAACAAACAAACAUCCUCAUAGAGCUUAUACGGUUCUGCAUAUAAAAUGGAAUGUUUCUCACGCAUUAAUCACCCUGGUUACCGUUCAGAAAUUAAUAAUUUAUUAAUUAUUAACUCCAGCCAGCAGGGUGCGCAGUGACAUUUCACUCGUACUGUAACCAGCACGGCCCGAACAGUUCGUUAGGCGCGGGUUUAGGCAAAAACCGAAACUUUCUCCGAAACAUUAACCUAGGAAAUGUAUACACUUUGACCGUGCAUAAAAUGAGACCAAAUGUAAAUUGCUGAUAGUAUACGUUAAGCAUUUAUAGUUCUGUUAUCUUGAAACCUGGUUUGAGAUAUCGUUUAAUAAUACAGCAACUGUCGAAAUUGAAUUAAAUGAAGAGCUAGAUAGCUAGCUAGCUAACAGUCCAGAGCACUUGGGCCCACGUCACUUUUUAUUCGAUUUAACUUAGCUCACAUUAAUGUCACUCAAGGAAGACUAUGUCAGAGUCCGAAAAAGAGAUCUGGAAAGGUUAACAACUGAAGUCAUGCAGCUGCGCGAGUUUUUGCCUAAAGUCCUCAAUGGGGAUCUAAUUGAAUUGCUCCACAAAGCGCGGGCUGCCGAAACACUGAAGGCCUGCAAUGAGCAGGAUCAGCUGAGACAGGAGUGCCAGAAUCUCCGCUCAAGACUGGAUGCUGCUCAGAGCCAGGCUGAGGGAGAGAGGGAGGAGAAGCUGAUCCUCAGAGAGCAGCUGUGGGAGAGCCGGGAGCAGCUGCGGCAGCAGGCGGAGUUCUGCACAGAGCUGGGAGCGGCGGCCUGCACACUCCUCUGGAGCGUCUCCAGCAAGGAGGCGGCCGUGACGGACAUGCUGGCCGACGGUAAGCUGGGUCCUUUCCUGGCAGUAGCAGGCCAGACUCUGGAAAGCUUUGUGAAGUCUCUGGGGGAGGAUGGGAAGAUGGAGCAGCGGGACCUCUGUUCCCAUGACAACCAGUUUGUCCUGGCGCUGGCUGGAGUCAUCACCAACAUUGCAGCGGUGACAUGUGGGCGAGACUUCCUGGCUUCCUCCGCCCCUGUGCUGCUGGACACGCUGACACAGCUUCUGGGCAUGAUGAAGCCAGGGGCUUGCUCCAAGUUAAAAGUGUUAAUGUUGAUGGCUCUUUAUAAUGUGUGUGUGUGUUUGAAGAUGGUCAGGUUUAUUCUGAGUGGAGAGACCCUUUUUAAACGUUUAAUUUUGCUCUUUCCUCUCCUGGGAGACGGGGACUGGGAGGUGUGCCUCCACGCCCUGCGUCUGCUGCAGUCGCUAGCGCUGGAGGAGGCGGGGCUAGCCCCAGCGCUGAGAGAGCGCCUCCCCCUGGCCCGGAUACGCCAGCUCUCCUCCAGCCCCCACGCCACCCUGCGGCAGGCUGCCCAGGACAUGCUGGAGGACCUGCGCCACCUCACCCCAGCUCAGCAGGCCCCGGAGAGCGGACAGCGCCCCCUACAGGAACCCACCCCACACUGUAGGGGAGAGAGCCCGUGGGGUGGCAAAACCACAUAAAAACACGGUCUAUUCGGUUUGUUCUCUGCACACGGUUCAAGGCAGUGCACUGUGCUGUUUGCUGCACUGUUUGCUUGCAGUAAUGCAUUAUUAUUUCAUACUUAAUGUGCAGGUGCAGUUCCACCUCAUUGGGUUGCUGUGUAUUUGUUAUGGUCAUAAAGGAAACCCUUAUAGUUUCCCUCUGGGAUCAUUCUCAUACACUGCUAUAAGUUGCGAUUGUGAUUGCAUUCCUUGCCUCAUGUUUUCAAUAAUGAGGGUUGCAUUUGUAUAAUUAGUUAUGAUAAGUUAUAUUUUUUAUAAUUUGUUAUUAUAAUAUAAUAUUUGUGAAAACAAGUGGAGUUCCUAUCUGAAUACAAUAAAAAGUUUUAAAAAAAUCUUAUUAUUACUUAGACUAUGCUUGUGUUAAAGGUUCAUUUCAGAGUUUGUAAAACAUGGACUAUUUUUCAUUGGCUAGCUGGUAGAGAGAGGAGAAUGUGUUAGAUGCAGCACACCCUGAUAGUGCACACAGUAGAGGUUGCUGGUAAAGAUAUUUUUCACUGUUGUCUCAUUGGCAUCCAAAGACACUCUGUGGCAGUUGGGAUGCUUCACAAAUACAGAUCACAUUAAAACAAACAAGUGGGCACUUGUCUUUUUUUAAUUUAACAGCUUUAUUGACUUUUUUAGGAGACUUUUCAGGUUCUCGGGUGCCAGAAAAUCAGUUUGACAGGGCAAAGACUACAGGACAGGAAGGAUUUUAAUGACAAAAAAAGAAGGAUUUGGGUGAGUUGACAAAGCCAGGUGGAUGAAUGCUCUCGGUGGUGGUAAAUGCUCUCUGUGGUGAAUGGCUUAGCGUGAGCCUAAAUCAGAGCUCAAUCUCUCCUCGUCUCUGUCUUGGGUUCGAAGCGCGGCUCGUUCUUCACACACAUCAUUUUAUGCAGAGGAAGACCGGAAGCUAGCUAGCGUGUGAGAACGCUGCGUCUUCCCCAGAGUUAGAGUUUUUCUGGGCUCUGGAUGUUGUGUUUGUGUGGUGCGGCUAGCGUGUGGUCUCUUUAUAGUCAGCGACAGAGAGAGUUUCUUGGGUGAGGGAGAGGGUGAUUCAGCGCUGUGGACACCUCAGUAUCCGUUCUGUUUUCCCAUCAGAUCUAUGACUUCCAUUCGCUUGUCUUUCUCGGUUUUUUUUUUUGGCACCAGCCUUCCUCCACCCAGCCUAGAAAUAAAUUAUAAUAACCCUAAUUAUAUUGAUAAUACAAUAGUAAUAUGACCAAAAGCAGAAUAAAA